GCGGGCUAGGCGGGCGAGGCGUGGAGGGGGGAGGCGCCCGGCUGCGGCUCGCACCCCGCGCAGUCAGCUCUCUGUUCUUGGGAGCAGCAGCCGCCUAGUGGGGAGCUCUGCGGGGCGCCCUGAGCUGGGGGGGGGGGGCGCGCAGGCAGUUUCGGGGGCUGGGGCCACUGUUACCAUGCACCACUCCCUGACUCAGCAGCGGGCCAGCGACAUGUCCCUGCCUGACUCCAUGGGAGCCUUCAAUCGGAGGAAGCGAAAUUCCAUCUAUGUGACUGUGACUUUGCUCAUUGUGUCCGUGUUAAUUCUCACGGUGGGUCUUGCUGCUACCACCCGGACCCAGAAUGUGACCGUUGGAGGCUAUUACCCAGGAGUUAUUCUCGGCUUCGGAUCAUUCCUGGGAAUCAUUGGCUCCAACCUGAUUGAGAACAAACGGCAGAUGCUGGUGGCUUCUAUCGUCUUCAUCAGCUUUGGUGUGAUAGCAGCCUUCUGUUGUGCCAUAGUCGAUGGGGUCUUCGCUGCCAGACACAUUGACCUGAAACCACUCUAUGCCAACCGAUGCCACUACGUCCCCAAGACAUCCCAGAGAGAAGCUGAGGAGGUCAUAAGUUCCUCUACCAAAAAUUCUCCUUCCGCGAGGGUUAUGAGGAACCUUACCCAGGCAGCUAGAGAGGUGAACUGCCCUCAUCUGAGCCGUGGCUUCUGCACACCUCGCAUCCGGGGCAACACAUGCUUCUGCUGUGACCUCUACAACUGUGGCAGCCGGGUGGAGAUCACCGGAGGGUAUUAUGAAUACAUCGACGUCAGCAGCUGCCAGGACAUCAUCCACCUGUACCACCUGCUCUGGUCUGCCACCAUCCUCAACAUCGUCGGGCUGUUCCUAGGCAUCAUCACUGCCGCGGUUCUAGGAGGUUUCAAGGACAUGGUAGAGGAUGAGAGACAGACAGACAGACAGAGAGAUGGAGGAGAAACACCGCAGCACCGCUCCACCACUUGUGAAGCUUCUCUCCUGCAGAACCCGACUCUGCCAGCCCUGAACUGUUCGGUGGAGAACGACCAUCCAAGUGUCUCCUACUAUGCGCGCCCUCAAGUGGCAUCUUACAACGCCUACUACCAUAGCCCUCCUCACCUGCCACCCUACUCUGCCUACGACUUCCAGCAUUCCGGUGUCUUCCCCCCCUCCCCGCCCUCUGGACUUUCGGAUGAGCCCCAGUCUGCCUCUCCUUCACCCAGCUACAUGUGGUCUUCCAGCGCACCACCCCGCUACUCUCCCCCCUACUACCCACCUUUUGAAAAGCCCCCACCUUACAGCCCCUAAAGAGGGAGGCCUGCUGGCUACCAAGGUCAUUGUGGCUUUUGUAUUUCUGCUUUAGUGGAAGUGUGUAGGGUACAACAUUUAAUGCGUGAUUCGUAUGCAUAGCAUUUUACCAUGACCUGCCAGGCUAGAGAAAGAAAGAGAAAGAGAAAGAGGAAGCUUAUUCUUUGUCAGUGCAGGGCAGGGGUGGCUAGAUGCUUUCUAAGGUUGGGGAGUUCUUUCCACAAGAAAUUUGUCUGACCAGCCUAGCUGUGUAAAUGGAGUGUCAUCCUUAGACCCUUGGCACCCUAGCACCUUGGUGAAAGCACCUGGCUUAUUGGCACUAUCUUUUCCCAACACUAGAAUGAAUCACUAAGGAAAAUUCCCCCAGAUGAUGGGGUUACACAGUGGGUAGUUCCACUUCAGAGAGUUCUGGCUAAGAUUGUGUGUGCUUGUGUCUGGAUGGUGAGCAAAUCUGCUUCAAUCUCCUCCUCCUUUUUGCCCUGCAAACCUUGUAAACAUGGCUGUUGGGAUCACUCAGCUUAGCUUUUGUUCUCAGUACCUCCUAAAAGGGAAACUAUUGUAUUUACUGUCAAAUAUAAAACAUUAAUCCUCCAAUAAAGAAAUUAAAAAAGGGGAGGGAUGUACAAUGUCCCUAGAGUAGCAGGGAACAGGAUCGUUUGGGAAGCGCUGACAUGCACAGAGUGACACUGAGAUGUUCAAAGCAUGUUCAUUUUCUCCAUCCAACCAGUUAGGAGACAGCGGUUCUACUACACAUUACAGUACUAUAAGGGCUGGCCGCUGCAGAUGUCUGACAGGUCAAAUGCAGUUAAAAAUUGCCACAUUAAGUUCUUGGGUUGUGAUAUGAAUUAUUACUAAUCUUGUGACUAUUUACCCUUCAAAUAUUGUGCUUCAACCCCAGCAAACCGCACGUAACCUGCACCCCCGCCCCACAAGAUUCAUCUGUACUUUAAUGCCACUGCUCUUAUUGGUCCUUUGUUGUCGUUGUUGAGACCAAUCGUGAGUGUUCAAGAUUAUGAAAGUGUUACAAUGCCGCUUCAAGUCUGCAAAACCUCAAAAUGUAGCCAGCUUGACAAACUCUUCUUGUCCUAUAUUGAAAACUCAUCUGGCAUACUCUGGUAGGUAGCUGUCCAGUUACUUUGAUUCUCCAUAGCUUCUGUCCCUCCAAACCGGACAAAUUUAACACUUGGGCAUCCACACCUUCACUUCAGAACGAACACUUUCACCGAGAUCUUAUGUUAACCCAAGACUUGGUUGAUUUAAAGGAAGACUGAUUAUCCUACACUUGCAUAUUGUAAAAAUACAGGGGCUACAGGAGGGUACCCAAGUAGUUUCUGCAAACACAGAACACACACUGGAAACAUUUCCAGCCAAUUUUGCUACCUCCCAAGCCAAAGGAUAAGAGGUAGUAGGCAAAUGCUGGUGCUCCCACCCACCUGUAGACACCCAGUCAUCCAGAAUUAUCAAGGCACGACAAGUGCACUCAUUGCUCACAGUAAAGGUUUGCAAAAAAAGAAAAAGAGAAAUCAAUUUAAUUAAUUCAGCAUCAUGAAUGAUGCCUCAUCCAGAUUUCAAAUCUGAAAGACCACUUUUUUCUGCAUUAUAUCAAGUCACUAUGAUUUUCUACAGUUCUGAGUAUAUUCAAAUUCUGCUGGAUUUCAAAAAGGGCCUAGUAACCAAUUGACUUACUAUACAAACUUGUAAUAACGAGAUUUUUGGCCAUUUACACUGUACCUUAUGCUUUAGUAAACGUGUGUAUUUAAUUUUUUAAAGGCAUCAUUACAUAGUAUAUUCUACAUGUAUCACAUUUCUUAAAGUGUUAAGAUUCUAUGACUCAUUUUUAUGUAUUUUUCUUACUUUCCAAAAUAACUUGAAACAGUAUAGAUUUUGUAACAGUUAAUUUGAGCAGCUUCUUUUUUUAUUACAUUGAAUUAUAUAAAGUGCAAUGUUACCUUAGGACAAAUUGAUAUUUGCUGCUUUACUCUUUUGCAAAACAUUUGCUGUAAUGAAGGAAUUUCUAUUUCCCAUAUGUACCCUGACUGCAUUUUGUAAUAUUUACUGCAUUAUUCCUAAUUCAGCUUUUAAGUAUUGAACUGGGCAUGAGACAUUAAAAUAUUAAUCCAGGAACAUGUAUAAACUGGGUGUUGCUUAAAAUCUGUAUCACUGCCACAUUGGAAGUUCAGACUGCUUUUGUGAUGUUUCAAAUCAAUAAAAUUCUCCUCCUCCUUA